GUUACUGAGAGCCCACGUGUGUGAUCAUGUGACACGACCCUGGGCGGAGCCUGGCGGCCGGGCGGUAGUGGGUGCCCUGGUAGUGUGGAUGUGUUAUAACAUUAGUUGCUGCUUCCUAGUCUCACAGCACAGUCGGUGCAUUAGGGCGGGGCCGCGCCCUUCUUCCUCUGUGUGUCUGUUUGGUGCGGCCCCUGGGCGGGGGAUUCCUUGGCUCCGAGGAGGAGGAGGAAGCGAGAGGGUCAGUAGCAGCAAAUGCAGACGUGCAGCGGUGGUUUAGCUGCUUUAUUAUUAUUAUUCUUCAACAAGCUGUGCCCGACCGAGCCCCCAGCCCAGCAGUAAGGAUCCCUACCCCUCUGUCCGCUGAAGGGCCCGGCUCUCACUGUAUGAAUCCAUGGACUACAUGACAGUGUCAGAGCGCAUCCAGAUCUCAUUAGCCGUGUGUAGAAUUGCCAUUUACACGUGUUUUCGAGCCCUCUGUUGUAAGGGUCCUCCGCCACCGCGGCCCGAAUAUGAUAUUGUUUGUAUAGGACUGACAGGCUCUGGCAAGACAAGCCUACUAACGCAUCUGUGCAACGAGAGCCAAGAAAACAUUGUGCCUACCACAGGGGCCACCAACAUCAGGAAGUACUGGAGUCGCUACUACCAGGGAUCCCAGGGAGUGAUAUUCGUACUAGACAGUGCCUCGUCCGAAGACGACCUCGAAACUGCCAGAAACGAGCUUCAUUCAGCUCUGCAGCACCCACAGUUAUGCACUUUACCUUUUUUAAUACUGGCCAACCACCAAGACAAGCCAGCAGCUCGCUCAGUACAAGAGAUCAAGAAGUAUUUUGAACUUGAACCACUUGCACGUGGAAAGCGUUGGAUUCUGCAGCCAACAUCAGUGGAUAACAUGGAGGCUGUGAAGGACAGCUUCUCAAUGCUACUAAAUUUAUUAGAUGAGCGAGAGCCAGAACCAAUUCAAAUGUGAAAGCUCUGGAAGGGGCAGUCAUUCAUAGUGACAUCAACGCCGUGCUGGCAGCUGCUUCUUCUCCAACAGAAACUGUACUUUAGUGGAAUGUCGGUUGUGUGUUUUUGGGCCAAGCUGGAGUCACGUUGUUAAACCCAAUAGGUAUAUAAGGUCUGAUGUUUACUUUGAGCAGCUAUGCCACCUAGCCAGCCUUUGUUUCAGAGCUCACCCUGUAGAGCACCAAGCAACUCAUAGGAGUUCUUCUUCACUUCACAUGUCUAUCUGUACCAAAUACUCUUCUGUGUUUACUCGGAAUAACCUUGUCAACUUCUCAGUCUUUUAUUAUUUGGCUAUGCCUAAAGGUGGCCAUACACUAUUAGAUCCACUCGUUUGGCAAGGUCGCCAAACAAGUGGAUCUUAACCCGAUAUGCCCACUAACGGCUGUGCGAUAUUGGGUGAAUCCGAACGAUUGGAUUACAAUGCUGGGAAUGGGUCGCAGGACCACAUCAACUAGCCGAUGCAGUCCUGGAUAGUAGAAAAAAUUAAACUUGACAGAUCGAUAUCUGGACGACUUUUGGCCUGAUAUCGAUCGGGAGGACCCAUCGGGAGCCCCCACACAUGGCCAGAUAAGCUGCUGAAUCGGUCUAAAGGGCCGAUAUCUGCCCGUGUAUGGCCACCUUUAGAAAAUAAGCAAAUCUAUGUUGGAUACAGAUCUAGAGAGCCAAGUUUCCACUCUGUGUCUCAUCCUGGAUUUUGCUUCUUUAUACCAAGUGGUUAAGAAAUCCAUUUAGCUAUACCUCUUUAACUAGUCACUGAGUUCUUUACUGACCACUUUUCUAAAGACUGCUAGAUACUCAGCCCCUUUACCAUCUUAAGAGCUGCAUUACAUAUCUAUGGUGACAAUGUCACAUUUUUCUACUACAGUGCAACAAAAGGUGCUUUUAUGUAGAAGGGGCCACAUGAAAACAUGGCUGCUCUAAGUAGAGUCAUACAUUACAAAAUAAAUAACUGCAUGUUCUUAACAUCCCCAACUUCUGUACUACUGAACUGAGAACCCAUUCUACACCACUGGUUGGGUAAUAAUCUCCUUCCCCUUCUGCCAUUGUCUCUCAAAUCAAUUACAUAUAUUGUAUAGUACUGUUUUACUGGUUUCACUGUCGGAUAAGUUAGCAUUGAAUUAUGAAGUUUUACAAAUGUAUUUUUUUAUUUUAGCUUUAUUACUAUCUUUUUUUUUCCCAUUUUAAUAUAUGUCUGUAAAUAACUAAGAGCCCAGUAAGGGGAAAUAUUAAGAGUUUUAACAAUCCAUAAUAGUAGAGACAGUGUUAAUGACAAGAAAACUAUAAAUUGUAUACAUUUCUAAGGUAACAUUUGCCAAUGUAAACAAAUAUUCUUUUUAUGCUGGGUAUUUAAAAAAAAAAAAAAAAGAUUUCAAAAAAGCACAUUUUCUGAAAUGAUCUUAAUAAAAAAAAAUCUUGAUCUCUGUUCU